UAUAUGAUGAGUUCUAAACGAGGGGAAGUCCGGUCUCAGAGCUUCUCGGCAGCUCCGUGAAUCUUCCCCGCAAGAUUCAACACUGUCUUCAUCUGCCGUACCCUCGUUCUAAGUUUCUGCAGCCGUCAAUCCUACAUAUUCUGAGGUCGCCGCCGUCACCGCCGUCUAGUUCAAAGCUGUUCGGAAGAGCAGCAAUGGUGUCCGCCCGUCACAGUCAUACAGUCGCUGAUUCUCUAAUCAAAUAGGGAAGCACUUGUUUGCUUGAAUUGAAUCUUUUGCUUUUGCUGAAGGAUUUCACUGAUGAUUAGUUUCUUUUUGACCUGUGUGAAUGGAUUUGAUGGCAAAAUUUAUUAACUCAUUAUCAUUGAGUAUCUGGAGGGAUUUGUGGAAUCAGCUCGAACUUGAUUAAUUAAUCAAUCUCAAGCUUAAGCUAGGGGUGACUCGAGCUCGGCUGGACUCUUUACACCCCUAUGCGAAACUAAGGAUGAGAUUCAAGGCUUUGAUGUCACCUGAUAAACUAUGCAUUUAAGAAGAAAAGAGGAAGAUGAAUACAAACACACAAACACCUGAUCAUGAACUUUGCUCAACCUUGGUAAAAAUCAUCAAAUGCCCAUGAACCACCUAGUCAAAGAUGAAUAAUUGACUUUUAUACGACUUAUUUGGGAAUAUGAACCCAAUGGGGAAGUCAAGUUGGGCCUGAUACACUACUGAUCAAAAUCUUCUUUUCAAAGGUUCAAGCUUAUAGGAGAGGGUCAAGCAUUUGGUAUUUCUACACUGAUAUUUUUCAACCAUCCGACAUGGGAUUGGAUCAAAUAUUCUCAUGUGCCUUAACAUUUUCAGUUGUCACCAAAAGUCUAAUUUUGUGACCAUUCAAUAGAAUAAAUGAAAAUUAGUUACAAUUUUGACUUUGUUUGCUUCAUUUUUGUUAUUAUUUCAUGCCGUGACCAUCUAAUGGCAUGUAUUGUACAACAGCCGCAUCUUGCAGAAGGUGAUGGUACUGAUGAAAAGCUUCCUUGUCCAUAAAAGGCCUUAUUUCUUCUAUCUCUUUAAUGGUCUUAUUGGUUUUCGUGCUAAAAUCUUACAUUCUUUCAUCCUCACUUCGCCCUAUUCAUCUCCUGCCUUUCUCCAACUAAAGAAAACAGUGAAAGAAGUCCCACUCCCAAACUCAGGUCUCUCUGCUGACAUCUACUUCCGAAUUGUAGAGAAUUGCACUCAGUUGAAAAUGCUAGAAGAGGGCAAGAAAAUCCACCAACACAUUCUUUGGAGCAAAGCCCAUGUCCAUCUUCCUUCUCUUCUUGAGAAACUAACUUUAAUGUACUUGUCAUGCAACAAAAUUGAGGUUGCUCAUCUCAUUUUUUAUGAAAUUCCUAAGCCAAGCAUCUUUCUGUGCAAUGCCAUGAUCAGGGCUUACGCUUGGAAGGGACCCUUUAACCGAGCAAUAGAUCUCUAUUAUCAUUUGAUUGGUUUUGGCAUAAAACCAAAUAAGUACACUUUUCCAUUUGUUCUAAAGGCCUGUUCCACUCUCCUUGCAGUGGAAGAAGGAACAGAGAUUCAUAAUCAUGCAAAGAAAAUGGGUUUGGAUUGCGAUGUAUAUAUUUCAACAGCAUUGAUAGACAUGUACAUGAAGUGUGGAAAAGUGCAUGAAGCACGCCUUGUGUUCUUACAAAUCGAAAGUAGAGAUGUGGUUGCAUGGAAUGCCAUGGUUGCUGGCUGCUCCUUACAUGGCUUAUAUGAUGAUGCCGUUGGAAUUCUAUUGGAAAUGCAGAGUAGAGAGACUAGUCCAAACAGUUCAACUAUGGUGGGGAUUCUUCCUGUGAUUGGACAAGCCAAGGCUUUAUUACAAGGAAAGGGCAUCCAUUGUUUUUGCCUGAGGAGAUUCUUUGAUGAAGGGGAUGUUCUGGUGAACACUGCAAUACUAGACAUGUAUGCAAAGUGUGAGUCAGUGGCUUAUGCCCGCACCAUAUUUAACAAAGUAAGCCUUAAAAAUGAGGUGACUUGGAGUGCAAUGAUUGGGGGAUAUGUUCAAUGUGAGAAGAUGGUGGAGGCUUUAGUAAUUUUUGAUCUGCUAAAGCUUAAUGAAGCUUCGAACAUGGCAGCCACCUCUCUUGCUUCUGUUCUUCGGGCUUGUGCAAGUUUGUCUGAUGUAAAGAGAGGUACAAAAAUCCAUUGUUAUUUGAUUAAGUCUGGUUUUCUUUCAGACAUAACUGUAGGCAAUUCACUUCUUUCAAUGUAUGCAAAGGUUGGAAGCAUAUGUGAUGCAGUUUGUUUCUUUAAUGAAAUGGAUCUAAAAGAUACUGUAUCUUACAGUGCAAUCAUAUCUGGAUUGGUACAAAAUGGAAGCGCAGAAGAAGCCCUUGCCUUUUUUAAGAGAAUGCAACUUUCUUGCUUGAAACCAGAUGUGGCAACAAUGGUAGGAGUCCUCCCAGCUUGUUCCUAUAUGUCUGCUUUACGGCAUGGGAGAUGCAGCCAUGGCUAUGCGAUUACUUUCGGACUUUCAUCGGAAGUUUCUAUUUGCAAUGCUUUGAUUGAUAUGUAUGCAAAAUGUGGGAAAAUAGACCUUUCUCGCCUAGUUUUUGAUGGAAUGAAAGAAAGAGGCACAGUAACUUGGAAUGUUAUGAUAGCUAGUUAUGGAAUCCAUGGACUGGGUGCAGAAGCUCUCUCUUUGUUUGAUUCAAUGCAGGAUGAGGGGUUCACACCAGAUGAUAUCACAUUUAUAUCCCUCUUUAGUGCUUGCAGUCAUUCAGGAUUGGUCAUUGAGGGAAGGAGUUGGUAUGAAUCUAUGACCCAGGUUUACAAUAUUGUUCCAAGGAUGGAGCAUUAUAUCUGCAUCGUCGAUCUUUUCGCACGUGGAGGUUUAUUGGCUGAAGCUCAUGAUUUUAUUACCAGAAUGCCAUUUGAACCAGAUGUUCGAGUAUGGAGUGCCUUACUUUCAGCUUGUAGAACACAUAAGAAUACUGAACUUGGAAAUGAAGUUUCUGGAAUAAUCCAAAGGCUAGGACCUGAAGGUAGUGGAAACUUUGUUCUAAUGUCUAACAUAUACAGUGCUGCUGGAAGACAUCAUGAAGCAGCUCGAGUUAGAAUAUUACAACAGGAGAAGGGGUUUAGAAAAAGUCCAGGUUGUAGCUGGGUUGAGAUUCAGGGUAAAAUCCAUGCAUUUAUAGGUGGAGAUAGUUCACACCCACAAUCUUCAAUGAUAAAUGAAAAACUUGCAGAUUUAUUUGUUGAGAUCAGGAAGCUCGGUUACAAGGCUGAUACAAGUUUUGUAAUACAUGAUUUGGUAGAGGAGGAGAAAGAAAAUGCUCUUGUUUAUCACAGUGAGAAGUUAGCAAUAGCGUUUGCUCUUGUGAGUUUAAGUGGAAAUCAACCCAUUUUUAUUACAAAAAAUUUGAGAGUUUGUGGUGAUUGUCAUACUGCAAUUAAACUUAUCACAUUAGUCACUAAGAGGGCAAUCACUGUGAGAGAUGUGAGCCGGUUUCACCAUUUUGAAGAAGGAUUGUGCAACUGUGGAGAUUUCUGGUGAGUGUAGGUGGUAAAAACAAAGUUAGAACUUGAGAGAUAGAUGUUGGGAUGUGUCUAAUGACUGCAAUGCUGAAAUAGACAGCUUUCAUGCACAGAAAUUGUGCUAAAACCCAAAAGGUGAUGGAGGGAUCUCUUGAUGAGAUCAGCAGAGGUCUUGGCUCUGUGUCAAGCUGUAUAACAUUGCGGAAAUUUGCCAAGGGCUUUUCAGUAAACCUUUACACUGAUGAUUUCCUCAUCUGAAUUUCAGAUUAGAGCAUAGCUUAGAUUAACAAAAGGCUCCAACUUGAUGCCACAUCUGGGAGCCUAAUGACAGAACAUUAGCUCUUCUCAAGCAGGUACUGAUUAGAGUAAUUUUCUCAAAGAUUCAGGCUUCGUUUGGGAUGGCUUUCUUAUUGCUUCUUUAAACAGUUUUAUUGUACAAAAGUUUUAAUUUUUUACUAAAACAUUGCUUUAAAAAACAUGAAGAAAGCAGUUCCAAACAAAGCCUCAAUCUCCCUUUAGCCAUUUUGGUGACAAACUGGUUUAGUGUUCAUAGAUCAUAUAUUGAUGAUGCAAGCUUAGCUUUUCUUCUCAUGCUGCCACUGUUAGAAUUGUUUAAACAUUCAGCCAAUGUGGACAUUUUUACUCAUUUAUGGUUA